CUGGCUCUGCUCUCAGGCCAUCAUGGCGUCUCCCAGUGGGAAGGGAGCCCGGUCGCUGGAGGCUCCUGGCUGCGGGCCCCGGCCGCUCGCCCGGGACCUGGUGGACUCCGUGGACGACGCGGAGGGGCUGUACGUGGCGGUCGAGCGUUGUCCGCUGUGCAACACCACCCGCCGGCGGCUGACCUGCGCCAAGUGCGUCCAGAACGGCGAUUUCGUCUACUUCGACGGCCGCGACCGGGAGAGGUUUAUAGACAAGAAAGAAAGGUUAAACCAACUUAAGAGCAAGCAAGAAGAAUUUCAAAAAGAGGUGUUAAAAGCUAUGGAAGGAAAAUGGAUAACAGAUCAGUUGAGAUGGAAAAUAAUGUCCUGCAAGAUGAGGAUUGAACAGCUAAAACAAACAAUAUGUAAAGGAAAUGAAGAAAUGAAGAUAAAUUCCGAAGGCCUUCUUAAAACCAAGGAAAAGAAUCAGAAGCUUUAUACUCGAGCACAGCGGCAUCAAGAGAAAAAGGAGAAGAUUCAGAGGCACAACCGCAAACUGGGUGACCUGGUAGAAAAAAAAACCAUCGACUUAAGGAGUCAUUAUGAGCGUCUGGCAAAUCUUCGGCGAUCUCAUAUAUUAGAGCUCACCUCUGUCAUUUUUCCAAUCGAGGAAGUAAAGACUAGUGUGAGAGAUCCUGCAGAUGUGUCCUCAGAGAGUGACAGUGCCAUGACCUCCAGCACUGUGAGCAAGCUUGCCGAAGCCCGGAGGACGACUUACCUCUCCGGGAGAUGGGUCUGUGAUGAUCACAACGGGGACACCAGCAUUAGCAUUACAGGGCCUUGGAUUAGCCUUCCCAACAAUGGGGACUACUCUGCCUACUACAAUUGGGUAGAAGAGAAGAAAACCACACAGGGGCCUGACAUGGAGCACAGUAACCCCGCUUACACGAUCAGCGCUGCGUUGUGCUAUGCGACUCAGCUGGUCAACAUUUUGUCUCAUAUACUUGACAUAAAUCUUCCCAAAAAGCUGUGCAACAGUGAAUUUUGUGGGGAAAAUCUCAGCAGACAGAAAUUUACUCGAGCAGUGAAGAAACUGAAUGCAAAUAUUCUUUAUCUCUGCUUUUCUCAGCAUGUAAAUUUAGAUCAGUUACAACCACUGCAUACUCUCAGGAAUCUCAUGUACCUGGUUAGUCCGAACUCUGAACACCUGGGCAGGUCGGGACCCUUUGAAGUGCGAGCGGACCUCGAGGAGUCCAUGGAGUUUGUGGACCCCGGCGUUGCCGGGGAGUCAGAUGAGAGUGGCGACGAGCGCGUCAGUGACGAGGAAACCGACCUGGGCACAGACUGGGAGAACUUGCCGAGUCCCCGGUUUUGCGAUAUCCCUUCCCAGCCUGUGGAAGGCUCCCAGAGCCAGAGCAGCCAGGUGUCCCCGCCCAUCGCGAGCAGCAGUGCUGGUGGGAUGAUCUCCUCCGCCGCAGCCUCGGUGACCUCCUGGUUUAAGGCUUACACUGGACACCGCUAACGCACCCGGACCAAAACAUGCCAGGUUUGCAUCAAGAUAGUUGUUCUUCCACUGUGUUCUAGUAAAGUUUAUGUAUUCAGUUAAAAUAGUGCCUGGAACAGAAAGAGGUUAAACCAUUGUGUUUUUGGUAAAGCAGGGAGACAAGCAUUUCUGUUUAUCAGAUGGCCGAUGGGAGUGACCCACAUGCUUAUAGUAGAAGAGCAGGGUCAGAGGUCCUUCUGCCCAGACCAGUGUUGGUGGAAGAAAGACCAGUGUGUGUGUUCUGUUGAAGCAGGAAAUUCACUUGGGCUCCCUUCAGUCACAGGCCACAGGACCCACGGAUGCAGGUUGACACAUUGGUCCUUGUGAUGCGGAGACUGUUCCUGAACACUUCACAUUUUAGAGGCAGAAUCACAAGGAAGUGAUUCUUGAUGAUCAGGACUUGCAAGAUACAAACUGUUUCAUAUGCGUUUGUUCUUAUGCCAUCAUUUUUUUGUACAGAGAACCAGCAGGCAAUUUGAAAUACUUGAUUUCUUUAGGAUUUGGUCAUGUUUGGUUUUUAGGUCAAGGAUUUUGGUUUGUUUGGAAGGGGGGGGGUGGUCUUUUGGGGGAGGGGAGGGGUAGUUUGAAAAUUAUCUCAUUCAUGCUGCUGCUGUCGUAGCUUGUCAGACAUUCCUGUUUUUCUUUAUCCCCACAACACCAAAGAAAUGAAGGUCUUUUUUAUUUUUGGACCUACAUCCAUGAACAGAAGAAUUCCCAGCUGCAGUGAUGGCCUGGAGAUUUAAAAACUAUUUUCUUACAUUCUGAAGGGAAUUAAGUUCAUUCUCAGAUUAUUGAAUUCCUACCAUCUACACUAUGUGCAUUUUGAAACUGAACUUUUCUUCUGAGUGAAAAAUAAGUUAUUAAGGUUGUUCCCUUAUGUAAGUGAAAUGCCUGCCUGGGCACAGGUUAAAAUCCACUUAAUUAAAUGGCCUCUGGUCAUUCUUCUGGUGUCCCAAUUUCUUUCUAAGGGAUUCAGUAGGUGGCAGGUUUUCCAAGAGAAAACCAUCCUGUUUGUUUUCUUAGAGGUCUUUGUUGCUCUAGGGACACUGUCUUCACUCAGAAAUGCAGAGCAAAUCGUUAUAGCUGAUACUAUUCUCUAUCGUGGGGAAGGCUCUGACAGAAUUUUUCCUCACCAGGAGAUCAUUUUCAGCUAAUGUGUCUGUCUUGUCAUUCUCUUAGUGACAAUCUUAUAAGAAAACUGUAGAGGCAUUAUGUACAAAUAUGUAAGUAGUUUUUUAUUUUUAAUAAUUACAAAAAAAAAUCCUAUGUAACAACUACAAAAAGAAAUCCUAUGAAAAAUUCCUAACAGGCAUUAUUACCAUAUCUUGUUAGUGUGAUUAGCAUGACAGUACCUCAGAUAAAUCAUUCAGAGAUUUGCCCUAGCUUCUUUUCUUCUUGUAAUUAUCAUAGUUGAUACUUUGCCUCCAAAUCCGAGGUGCUAUAUAGCUUUUGCUGUUGGUAUAUUUAGUGUUUGGUAGAGUUGCAGAAGAAGGGUGUUUAUUUCUAUCCAGGAGUCACAGGUUCCCAGACUCUCUGGAUUUUCCACUUAGGGAGGAAACGUGUGGGUUCUCAAUAGCAGGUGUCUGUUUUAAGUGCUCAGCUUCAUGAUUGCUGAGCUGGCAUUGUACCACGCAGGCCUGAAAUUCAGAGAACGGGUACGGCAGACUUGAACAAAUACCAAAUGAACUUAAAAUCCCAUGAAAUGAGGGUUGUCUAGGCAUUUCAGACCCUCAAAAAGAAGAGCUUAGUCUCCAGUUUUGGAAGACGCAUUUGGGGCUUGGGGAUAGAGACGGGACUGCAGCUAAAAGAUGCACAGUCAUGGUUUUGCUCAAGCCUCUUACGAAACUAUGAAUGGGAGAUUGAGCUAAAGAAUAGAAUCCAGAGGUCAGAACUCAUAUCUAGAGUAAUUCAACAGAACUUACAAGAAUAUGGGAAAUUAGGGAUUGGUAGGGUAUAUUUUGUUGUUUAUAUCAACUAGAGGCACUUUAUUUAGGGUUAAAUGAUCAAACCCUUUAGUGGUUUCGAACACCAACAUACUGGCUUACACUGCUGAGAUAUUUUGGUUUUCAUUAUUUUGCACUGGAUCCACCCUGUAAAUAUUCUUAAAUAUACAUUUCAACCACUGUUUUUUCCUACUCUCUUUGCUGCUCAUUAAAAUCUUUCAUGUAGGUGCCAGAACCAUAUGUAAACAGCUUUUUAAAAAUUGAAGCUGGUAUUUUUUUUUUUUUAAACAAAAGCCAUAGAACUUGGUCAUGUUUUCCAUAUAAAAUGAUUUGUCAAAACAAGGUAAUACUAAUAAAAACCUACAGGCACCAAAUAGGCUGCUUAAAACGGUCUGUUACUUUUUUUUUUUUGUAAUGGAAUAUAACUAAGAGAAGUUUUGCACAUCUUUAAGUUAAGGGGAAAAACAGUAUGUCAACAUUGGGUGGUGUUGGACAGGAUUCAUUUAAGGAUUCGUGUUUCGAUAAUUUGGUAAAGAGUAUUCAGGAGCAUGCUGUUUUUAAAAGAACUACAGUGUCUGAGAAUCUCCUUGUGGUGUCAUGUUGCAGGAAUUUCCCAUUACUCUGUGACUUCCAAACCAGUUUGAGUCAUAACAAAUGUUUUCUAAACUUUUAUUGUAUUAUUGCAAUAAAUCUUUUAACAGUA